AUGUCUAAACCCGAUUAUGAUGCUAUCAUCGUUGGUGCGGGAUUUGGCGGCAUCUAUCAGCUCUACAGUCUCCGGCAACUAGGUCUCAAGGUCCUUCUUCUGGAGGCAGCCAGUGAUAUUGGAGGGACAUGGUAUUGGAACAGGUAUCCGGGCGCAUCGUCGGACGUACACUCAUUCACAUACCGAUACUCAUGGGACAAAGACCUCUUGCAGACAUGGCCGUGGAAGAACUCCUACCUCACACAGCCAGAAGUGCAAGCGUAUUUGUCCCAGGUUGUUGACAAGCAUGAUCUGCGUCAACAUAUCCAACUGAACACCAAAUUUCUAGGUGCAAGGUUCGACGAGCAGAACGGUCCCGAGCACUACGACUUCCGCAACAAGCGCGUUGGUAUAGUCGGCAAUGGGUCAACAGGCAGUCAGCUCCUCGUUGCGUUAUCCAAAGAAGCCAAGCACGUCACCAGCUUCCAACAAAACCCCCAGUGGAAUGUGCCAAACGGCAACAGACCUGUGACUGAAGAGGAAAGAGCAAGCAUCAAUGAGAAUUACUCGCAGAUCUGGGACGGCGUGCGCAAUUCAUCCGUCGCGUUUGGCUUCGCAGAGAGCACCGUCCCGACGUUCAGCGUAGAUGCUGAAGAGCGACAGAGAAGGUUCCAAGCUGCCUGGGAGAAGGGGAAUGGAUUCUACUUCAUGUUUGGCGUGUUCUCCGACAUAACGACAGACCGAGCCGCCAACGAUGAGGCGUGUGCGUUCAUCCGGAGCAAAAUCGAAGAGACCGUGAAGGACCCAGAGACAGCGCGCAAGUUGAUCCCAACGGAGCCGUAUGCGCGCCGGCCGAUAUGCAACAACGGUUACUACGAGACAUUCAACAGAGAUAAUGUCAAUCUCGUAUCUCUGAAACAAACACCGUUCGCAGAACUCACCCCGAACGGCGCCAGAACAACAGACGGCGAAGAGCACCUUCUCGACGUCUUGAUCUUCGCCACGGGCUUCGACGCCGUGACUGGGAGUUAUGACGCGCUCUCUAUCGUCGGAAAGAACGGAGAAUCCCUCAAAAACCACUGGGCCAAGCGCCCAUCCUCAUACCUCGGAUUCUCACUACCCUCGUUCCCAAACCUGUUCACGCUGAGUGGUCCGCACCACCCCUUCACUAAUGCCCCGCCCCAGAUUGAAGCACAGGUUGAAUUCAUCACGGACGUGAUCAAGCAAGCAGGCGCAAACGGCGUCGUCGAAGCCACGAAGGAGGCAGAAGACUGGUGGACGGAUCUGAGUAAUAACAUUGUUAAGGGGAGCAUUUUCCACGAACCGAAGGGCUGGGUCUUCAAAGAUAACGUGGAGGGGAAGGAGCACAAUACCAUCUUAUGGUUUGGAGGGCUGAAGGCGUACCGCGAGCAUCUGGAUGAGGUGAGGAGGAAUGGAUUCAAGGGGUAUGAAUUCGCUGGAGCCGGGACGCCAUAGUAUCAGAAAAACAAACAAGUUCCCCGAAUCUGGGAGCCACAACGCGUCACAACUGUUGCGCAGCAAUAUGAUCAAGCGCGCCGGACGAGUCUACAGUGAUGGUCACCAUCAAUUUGUACUCGACACAGGCACAGACCUCCCUGAUUCUAUCCUAUCUUAUCGAUUAG